AUCACAAGUCGACGGUAACUAAGCAGAGUUCAUCUAUCUGACUUGACAGGUGUUUAUGUAAUAUUCCUUUCACAGGUGAAUACGUCGCGUGUUGAGGUUAUUUCACGGUCUGGGUCAUCUGGGCUUAAGGACUCGGCACAUGACCACACUUAGACACUUGCUGAUGGAGGCGCAGGGGAACAUCUGCCUAACUGAGAUCCUUCAGGACCCCUAAAUUCUGAGAUAAAAGGAGUUUUUGCCUGCAAAAUUAUGGAGACAAAAUGCCUUGAGAACUUCUCGCAUGACGGUAGUUGUGUUCAUGGGGUCGGGUAGAAGAUAGUGCUGAAAGACUCAAAAGAGUGAAACUCCCCCGAAUUCGAGUUGGCAUGGUCUCAGAAACACAUUAGCAGUAGUUUCGACUAGCUUGAGUCUCAUUUGAUAUUUAAUCCAGCGAUUUCAGUCGCUUCAGAGAGAGUAUACAAAUCCCGAUGUCACGACUACGCCCGGCUUCCGAGCCCCGACACCGGACCCGGCGCUCAUCGGAUCGGGCCAUUCCCGUCGCCGCAAGGCCACAACAUUCUAGGCCGUAUCUUCUCGAAUGGAGUACACAAAAUUGUCGGCAGAAAGAAAUUCUCAAUGUUGAAGAGUUUCAAGAUGAGAUGGUGGCGGUGGAAAGGCCCGGUUGGCGCAAGUUGGCUAUUGUAAGAGGUGAAUGUGAUAUGGGUGUUCUAUUAGGGAUGGAGUUGGAAAAGAGAAAGGGAGGAUGGGUUUGGGAGUUCCCUGAGACUGAGAUAAGAAGAAGGAAACCUGAAGAGGAGGAUAAUGAUGCGAAAGAGAAAGAUGGCGAUGACGAGUCUGAUGAGGAUGAGGGAAUCAGAAUAUGUCGUGCAUCACUCAUGGUCAAGGAACGACCCCCUAUUCUUCUCCUUGAUGGUCUUCCAUUUCGAAUAUCCUCAAGACCUUACCGACCUUCAAGAGUACCAAGUAAUACACGUCCAGACGGCAAAACAUCAGGGAAGCGUCCUCCAAAGCGAUCCGGUCUAGAAGACUCCCUCUGGGAAGCCCUGGUCGAUAUCCGCCCAAUAGAGGAUCUAGUGGCAGAGCUCAUCUACGACAUGUGGCUACAGAAACUCGACUCAUUACCGCCUCUCGGAUCCGACUCCGUGGAUGUUCAGUGGACCAUCGCGCGAGCCCUUGAAACCAAUGCAGAUAUCACAAGAAGCAUGGAGCGACGAGGAGAGUUCAGUACGAUAACGGCCGCCGACUGGUCAAAUCUUGCAGAACGUCUACAAAGGCGUAUACAGCUUUCUGUGACAGUUGCGCUCCAAGCUCAAGCCCAACAAGCCCAGGACGACCCCAAAGAUUCAAACUCGAGAAGUCUGGAUCGAAUAGCAUAUCUGGGAGGUCUCUUGCUUCCCCUGACGGUUGUAUCAGGCAUCCUGUCGAUUGAAAACUCAUAUGGUCCGGAAGGCAAAUCAUUUUGGGUGUUCUGGCUUGCAUCAGGACUUUCUUCCCUCCUCGCCAUCCUCAUCAUCUACGCAGAUCAUCUGCGAACAUUGGAUGUGUGGAUGGAAGUUGCAGCAAGUGAGAUUCUGGACUUGGACCACAACAAACGGUUCCAAGCCAAUAGAAUACCGCACAGACGAGAGUAUUAUAGUAGCGGUGAUCCCGAACGGGGAGAGGCCAAGUUGACGACUGCAUCAGGCGGAGGUGUGUAUGUUGUGCAGCACCGAAGAGAUGGGACUAGAGGCAAAGCGUGGAGGAGAGGAGAGUUGGGUUGGGUGGGGGCGAUGAAGAAGAUGUCAGGAUGGUAUCGAUGGAGAGGAAGUCCAGGGAUGGAGUUCAGGAUGCCUGGUUGGGAGAAGACGGUGAAGAACUUGGUGUGGUGAUAAGAUAUUUGUCUCAAGACUUCUCAGGAUAGACUGUAAAGAGGCUAUAAAAGACAGGGUUUUGUAUUCAAUAGAUAGAUCACGCCUUGCGUUUCAUAUUAAAUAAG